AUGACGCAGAGUGGGCCCAGUUGGGUCCAUCGCCCACGUCCCGUCGCUGUGGCCACCCUGCCCAAGAGAAAGGCUAAAGGGGACGCUAAAGGAGAUAAAGCCAAGGCGAAGGAUGAACCACAGAGAAGAUCUGCGAGGUUAUCAGCUAAACCUGCUCCUCCAAAGCCAGAGCCCAAGCCUAAAAAGGCCACCGCAAAGAAGGGAGAGAAGGUGCCCAAAGGGAAAAAGGGGAAGGCCGAUGCUGGCAAGGAUGGAAAUAACCCUGCAGAAAACAGAGAUGCCAAAACAAACCAGGCACAGAAAGCUGAAGGUGCUGGAGAUGCCAAGUGA